AUGUCCCAGCCAACAGCACCAACUCACAGCCCAGAACAUGGCGCCUCCUCCGGGCCCGCAUCAGCAGCGGCAGGCAACCAGCAGCUGCAGCUGCCUGUCGCGCAGCAGCAAAGUGGCGUUUUGCGUUCGAGAACGACGUUGCUCCCCAGCGGCACCAGCGGCUUCCUUGCGCCGUCCGUCCUGGCAUCGCGAGGAAGCAUGCUGGGUUCCAGACUCCUUCCGCAUGCAGCUGGGCAGCCAGAAGCAGCGGGAGACGCACAAACGUCGCUUGCGAGGAAUUGGCGUUCAUCUGGAGUGAAACAACAGAGCGCGCCAAAUUCGUCCUUCCAGUCGUCUCCCUUCUUGUCGUCCUCUCCCACCGCCGCGAGUCAGGGUGCCGCUGCAUCGAGUGGUGCAGCGGCCAGUAGCGUUCUGAAUGCGGAUCUUGGGAGGGGCGCCAACGUCGCUGCUGCCAGGCUUCCAGCGGCGUCGAGCGGAACACUUCUCCCGCGCAAUUCUGUUCUUCCUUCGGGAACACCCCAUUCUGAGCCGCGGUCCUCGGAGCCGGCUUACUCCAGUCCUUCCGGGCUUUCGCGGUCCAAAGACGCAGCCAGCAGCGGAGCAGCCACAAUGAUGCUGAUGCCACCGCCACAGAUCAUUCCCACCGUCAACCCUGCUCGCGACCAGUACGAGCAACUGAAGGUGGCUCUGGACAAGAUCAACUCGCAGAAGCGCACGUCCGAAUUUCGAAUGUCCCAAAAUGAGGAAGAGCUGAAAAAGUCACAGCAAACUGUGGCGCAUCAGUCCAAGCUGCUGCAAGAACUGCAGGCGUCGAGCGAAAGGACGGCGUACCGGCUUGAAGACGAACGACGCAAGGGCGAGCAUCUGCAGCAACGUAUUGCGACCACUCGAGAGCUGUGCAUGCAGCUUGACAACCAAGUCACCGAAGUUCAGCAGACCGUUCAUCAAGCCGAAAAUGACAGAAAGGUGGUUGCAGAACGCAUCGUCAGCUACACUCAAGAACUGCAUACCGUGCGCAGCGCGCUCGAAAAGGCCACGGAGCAACUUGAGCGUGUGCACGAGAUGAACGAGCGAUUGCGAGUCAACAACGAUCGCUUGGAGAGUACGCUCAAGCAGGAGCAAGAAUCUUGGGCGGUCAAGCUCGCCGCGUUAGAGCAGAAGAUGGCUGAAAGUCAACAGGAACUUCAAGAGUCCCAAACGCUGGCAACAUCCCGCGAAGUGGAGCUCACAAAUGCACAUUUGGCGCAAGCUGCCCAGCUCAAAGAACUUGGCCAGCAAUGCCAAGCGCACAAGCAGCUGACAGAGACGCACGAGCUGUUGCAGCAGGAGCACAUGGAGAAGCUGCAAGAGCUCGCGAGCAUGGUGCUGACUCUUCAAGCGAACCAAACGCGCCUCGACGCAACGGAAACGGAACUCGACGAGAUGAAAACUGCUCAUCUUGAAACGAUCAACCAACUGGCCGGCACUCGGACAGAGCUCGCGUCUGUCACCGAAGCGCUUCAAAGUGAGAACGCCAAGCUCCAAUCCCGCCUGGACACUGCUCAGCAGCGAAUUGACCUUCUUCAGUCGGAAGCCGGCAUGGUCAUGGACGCGGCUGCCACGCUGAAGCCGGGUCUUGUCGAGCUGCAGAAGCAGACUGCAGACUUUGUUGACCGCAUGCACAAGCUUGAUUUCAUGCCAGACACGGCAGUGGCCACUUUGGAAGAGUUUCAAGACGGCAGCACCACGGAUGCAACCGUCGAGCUUUUGCAAGUCAGCGUCAAGUGCAUUGCCGCAUGCUCUGCAAUUCUUCAUCCUGUCGGCGUCAGCAUUGAAAGUAGCGUGAUUCAGGCACGUUCUGAGAACGCAAAGUUGGUCGAGCAACACCAAACGGCGGUCGCACAAACGCAGUCAGAAGCGGCGAACGCGUUCGACUGGCAGUCUGCGGCAAAGCUGGCUCAGAGCUCUGUUGCAGAGCUCACCACGCGUCUCCAGAACAAAGAACAAGAGUUGUCCGAGAGCAUGCACCGCGUCAUGUCAAUGGAUGAACAGCUUGCCGAGAGUCAAGUCGUGCUCAAUGCCGAACGACAGGAAACGGAAAAACUCAGACUGGAGCAGCAGCAGCUCGAAAUGCAAUGCUCAACCCUGCACGCCCGAGAACUGGAAAUUGCCAAGCUGCAGAACGACCUGCGCAUCGCUCGAAUGCACAGCGCUGCUCCCCAACCGAUGGCAGCAGCUGCGCGUCCAUUCCCGAGCGACGAGCCUCAGACCUUGAAUGCAUGGCUCACCGAAGCUGGGCAAAACACCCUGCCAGAGCUGGCUGCCAGUCCAGCACGAAUGAUGACACCUGGACGCUUUGCAUCGCCUCAGCCACUGCAGCGUUCCCGGCCGAGCCAGGAGCAAAAGACACCCGUGGCCUCCCAGACUCUGUACUCGCAGGAGCGGUCCAGUGUGAAGCGCACACAUGCGGAACCUGCCCAGCGAGGCUUUGUCGCUCCACAGGCACCAGCGCGUGGUGCUCCCGCCAAAAAGAGUCUCACGAACGACAUUCUCAUGAAGGAGUACUACGAAUCCCGGGGCUUGCUUGCGCCUCUCGAUGUCGAAGAAGAGGAAGAAGAGGCAAUCCAUGCCCGACAUGCUGCGGGCGUCAGAUCGCAGCAUGCAGAUCUGCACCCACCCGCCCAGCUCUCCCAACCAAAGCAUUUGGAGACACCACGACCACGCAACACGUUGCUUUCGACAAAUCUCCGGCAGCCCCCUCCUGCAGCUGCCCCUCCCAAAGCCCCUGUCAUGGCAUUGAACGGUCGUCCGAAAGCGAUUGCCAACCGCGCCGGACCAUCAGACAGGGCCAGUGUGUUCCAGCCCAUCCCCACGAAUGCUUUGGCCCCGGAAUCGUCCGCCAUGGCAAAGAAGCGCGCCCCUUCGGUGUCUUCUCUCUGGUUGGAAGACUCUGACGACGUGUUUGGUUUUCGCGGUACAUGA